CAAGUCCUCCAGAGGUUGUUCCCCGUGGACCGCGGCCUCUUUGAGGAUAAAGUGGCCAAUGUUUGGUGCAGUCUGAGCAUCCUGUUUAAAAUAAAAUCUGUGUUGUCAGCGGAGACCCAGUUGAAAUUUAGUUUUGCCUGCACUUUGCUGGGGGCUCUGCCAUCUUGUCUCAAAUUAACUAUGAACCCCACUCUCAGGGGAUUCAAACUUUCCUUGGUAAUCUGUGCCUUGUCCUUCUUCCUUUUCUCCUUCCAAGUCCAUGAAAAGUCCAUUCUUCUGGUCUCCUUGCCGGUUUGCUUUCUACUCAGUGAGAUUCCUCUGAUGUCUACAUGGUUUUUACUCACAUCCACAUUCAGCAUGCUGCCGCUCCUGAUGAAGGAUGGACUCCUCAUGGCAUACGGAAUUACAAUGCUAGCGUUCCUUCUGGUGACUGCCACCUGCUUGUCCUUCCUUGAG